CCCCCCCCCCCCCUUGUCCAAGAGUCUCGCUCCGUAGUGGCUUUCAAUCUCGAAGCAAGCCAGCGCUUCUAUUAACAGCAUCUGGACUCAGGCAACAGAAACAGAUACCUAGUAAUAGCACAGAUUGUUAUCUUACUGGUAUUGAUGAUGCGGCACACGAAAUCGGGCUCCGACUAUAUCGUACCCUAUGUUCGCGCUUGAUCUCUUCAUCUUUUGCAAAAUCACCCAACUAUGCAGGUAUUGCACGAGUACAAACAGUCCGCUACUUGUCUCCAGGAUAUCCUACGUAGCCGGGCCAUAACGAGGAAGGGAGACAUCGUUUGCUACCCACUUGGCGACACAUCAAAACCAAAGUCGUUCACAUAUUCUGAUCUAUUUGUCCAAGCCAGCUCUUACGGCCGAAUCCUUCGCGCCACCCCUGCCUUCAGAAGGAACCAUCCAGUACUCAUUCAUCUGGACGACCACUGGGUAACAAUUGUCUGGUUCUGGGCCGUGUCGCUUGCCCAAGGAUUGCCAGUACUCUCAUCUCCUUUCAGCAACAUCAAGGAGCACCGUAAUCAACAUAUUAGCGGGCUCUCGUCUCUGCUUCAAUCGCCAAUAUGCAUCACCCGAGAGAGAUUGCUGGAUCUCUUCGAUGGCUCUCGAGGUCUUCUGCAAUUACACACAAUCGAAUCGCUAUGCUAUGAUGAUUUGUCCGCCGACUCAUCAGCGUCAUCGCAGGCCUCGGACGGUUCAGCAUCAUCCGCGGACGAACCAAUGGCUCACUUCCAAUAUCCUGGGGGCGAUGCUCUGGCGAUGUUGAUGCUGACAUCAGGAAGCACAGGAAACGCAAAGGCUGUGCGCAUAACGCACAAGCAGGUUCUCUCAGCCAUCGCAGGAAAAGCUUCUGUUCGGCCGCUCGAAGGGAAAGGAUCAUUUCUCAACUGGAUAGGACUCGAUCACGUCGCGAGUCUCGUGGAGAUACAUAUUCAAGCAUUGUGGCUCGGUGCCGAUCAGAUCCAUGUCAACGCAGCGGACGUCGUUUCAUCCCCGAUUCACUUCUUGGAUCUCUUGAGCAAGCAUCGCGUAUGUCGUACCUUUGCCCCAAAUUUCUUCCUGGCCAAAUUGACGUCGACCGUGACUCUGGAGAUGGAGCGCCAAACGUUUAGAGGAGGUUGGGAUCUCUCAUCUCUACAGAUUCUUGCUUCUGGUGGUGAAGCCAAUGAUAUUAGGACAUGUUCGGCGGCAUCCAAACUAUUGAGCAGAUACGGAGCUCGAGACGAUGUUAUAACUCCGGGGUUUGGCAUGACGGAAACAUGUGCUGGUGCGAUCUUCAACAGCCGGUGCCCCCGUUACGACGAACAGCAAGGACGCACGGUGGCAAGCCUCGGGAAAUGCGUGAAAGGUAUCGAAAUGCGAGUUGUUGCUGGCUCCACCCCUGCAGCUACGAACGAAACCGGCGAUCUUGAGGUCAGGGGAGACAUAGUUUUCAAGGGCUAUUAUCGCAAUCCCAAAGCGACCGCGGACGCAUUCCCAUCACAGGACGGGUGGUUUCGUACAGGGGACCGGGCUUACAUUGACAAUCUGGGGAACUUGUGCCUCAAUGGUCGGUCGAAAGAGGUGAUCAAUAUCAAUGGUCUCAAGAUUGUCAUUGCGGAUAUUGAUGCAAUACUGGAACAGGCACUGUCUAGCAAAGUGCAACGUUAUGUCGUAUUCCCGUCGCGUGCAGCACACACGGAACAAAUCACCAUCGCUUAUAUUCCAAGGGAAUCGCCACACACUGCUGCCCAGAUGGCUGCAAUCGAUGAGCUUGCAGCUGAAGUAUGCAUGUCCAGCGUUUCCGCUCUACCGUCGGUCUUUUCGCUGAUGGGAUCCUCCCUCUCAUCACUACCUAUGACCACUCUCGGGAAAAUAUCACGUGCGAAGAUGAGCUCCUUGUUUGACUCAGGUCGCUUUGACGAAGAUAUUGUUGAGCACCGGCAACGUCUCGAUGCCUUCCGGAAAAAGACGAGGCGGACAGGGUCAUCCGACGCUGCCAGGACUGGGACUGAACUACUCCUCAUGGAAAGCUUUGCAAACACUCUAGACAUUAGUCUUGACAAUAUUGGCCCGGAGACACGGCUCUUUGAACUUGGCUUCACGUCCAUGGACCUCAUUCGUCUGAAGCGCCAUCUGGAUAGAAGUCUACAGAUCAGUGUUCCUGUCAUCACACUGCUACGCAAUCCAACAGCGAGGCAGUUGGCAGCAGCACUCAGCACAAAUAUGGCGAGCGUCACUUCCUCUGUGGAGCAAUCCAAGACGAUAAGUACCAGCUACGAUCCCGUUGUAACACUGAAAUCUAGCGGUAACAAAGCCCCCCUAUGGCUAGUUCAUCCAGGUGUGGGUGAAGUCCUAGUCUUCGUCGGUCUUGCACAACACAUGAUAGAUGACGACCGUCCGAUAUACGCUUUACGGGCAAAGGGUUUUGAAGGUGGCGAGCGGUUCUCCUCGAUAGAAGCGACAGUCGAUACGUACGUUCAGGCGAUCAGACAACGCCAACCACACGGGCCCUACGCCAUUGCCGGAUACAGCUAUGGAACAAUGCUUGCAUUCGAGAUCACAAAACGGCUGGAACGCUUGGAUCAUGGCACCGUCAGCUUUCUCGGAAGCUUUAACCUGCCCCCACAUAUCAAAUCUCGCAUGCGUCAACUCAGCUGGAACAUGUGUCUUCUGCACCUGGCACAGUUUCUCGGCUUGGUCACAGACACAGUAGCCGAAGUUAUGGAACAGAGCAGCACUUACCCUGGCGCGCAUAGGGACGAUGCUCUCGGAACUGUAAUGCACGCCACAGACGCGGCACGCUUAGAGGAGCUGGGUCUCGAUCAUCUCGCCCUGACCCGCUGGGCCGACGUCGCAUACGGCUUGCAAGGCAUGGCCGUCGACUAUGAGCCUAGCGGACAAGUCGCGAGUAUCGAUGUUUUCCAUGCCAUCCCCUUGCGCCACGCUGCUGCAUCGCGGGAGGAAUGGGUCCACGAGCAUCUCAGCAAGUGGAGAGACUUUUCCAGGGAUGUUCCCAGGCUGCAUGCUGUGGGCGGAGCGCAUUACACGAUGCUUGGGGCCGAUCAUGUGGCGCAGUUUGCAGCAACGCUCAAGGAAGCGUUGCACGCACGGAAUGUUUGAGCAUGGAUCCUUGUUGGUUUCUUUGAAUGCAUGGCUAUGAGGCGUAUUUUGUACAUCAGUAGUAUUAGCGAUAUAUCCCCCCCCUUGUGGUGUGUUUGUAUUUUCGGCUUCUUGAUCUCCGCAAAUCUAUCUGGGUCUCUUUACUAUUAUUGUUCGGGCGCAAUUGGGUGGGGCUAGAACUAGUGUAGAUUCUAUCUGAUCCAUCCAUUCUUACCUAUAGAGAUAUCCACAAAGUAUUAUUACAUUC